AUGUCUGCCGAAGGUGGUGUCAUAACAGUAGGCUAUGGAACUUUAUUUGAUCGGUGUAAAACUUUGUGUGAUAUCCGACAACGCCAGAAACAACGUCAAGGCUUAUCACUAUGCAAGGAGAUUGCUAUGGUUCUCAGUAUCGGGGAGGCAACAGUUGUGUGCGUGGUUGCUGAACAUAAUGAAAGUAAAAACGAAGAAUUCUCACCACAAAAAAUCCAAGGCUGA